AUGUGGCGGUGGGUGGUGUUGUGCCAGGCGUCGACGCUGCUCGUGGUCGACGGCACGCUCGAUUUCAGGUUUUUCAACCAACGGCGGCAGUUUGCACCAACAACUCAGGUGAACUGCUUUGAAUAUACCUUGAAUGCAGACGGCGGCUUCGGGAAGGCACUGGACAAAGGAUGGCGAUUCCCGAAAAAGGCGACCACCGGCUUAUUUACUGCAACUAUAGCUCCAACAUUUCCAACCGAUCCGUUGCUUAACAUCAACGAGAUAUCAAAGAGGAUCGAUCACCUGCUUCCUGACGGCCACGACAUAUUAAAGGAGCACGCUAAGUUAGUACAAGACAUAAACAGUUUGAGACAAGUCGUGUUCGUUGCUCCGUUGGCAGGCGAAGAUAACAGGGACUACGACGAUACAAUUUUUCAUGAAAUCAUUGAGACUUCCACAACAACCACAGCCAGGCCGACCACCACGAAGCCGCUGAAACCUAGUAAACAGAUACCGAUCAUCCUACUUGGCGGCGCGAGCCAGCGGCAGGUGGUCAAGAGCCAACCACUAAAGUUCCCGAAGCCUACAAUUAAUCUCGUUGGUACGUCCGUGUCUCCAUUGGCAAAGCAUCCAUAUCCAUUUGUUAUGCAAGCUAAUUCAAGGAAGCCAGUCAAAGUUUGCAUGACGACCCUGCCCAUGGCUAUGUACCCCACGACUACACGACGUCCCUCUCUUUGGCAGAGAAUCCUCAAUUCCCUCAUACCCAGAUAGCGUUAACGAGACUUUAUUUGAAACAUUGUGAUAUGUAUUUAAUACACACUUCUGUUCGUAUCUUUGCGAAUAAAAUUAUGUAAGUAAUGUCGGUUACGUUCGACUACG